UGCGCAGAAAAAAAUAACAAAUAACGUGCAUAAGUUUACCAUCCACCUCUACAUAGUUACCAUAAUAUAAGUCCCUUUAAAUAUCGAUAUUCAUUUGUCGAUUUUUCGCCGAGGGGGCCGACGUUAUUGCACUGUGAUUUGCCAUCUGUCAGUGCAUUUAAAUUGAACCACACCCAUCGUAGCGAUUAUUCAGUGAGCCAAGUGCCUGACCUACAUUGGCGAUAACGCUAAAGGAUGACUAGGCUCGCGUGUGUUGUAUACAUGCAGACGAUUGUAGUAAACGAACGGAUUUUUGCCGGUGCGGGUGUUUCAUUUUGUUUCUAGCUCUUUGUGAUAGAGAGUCAACGUUUGAAUGGAAAUUGUUUUUGUUUGUAAACCAUAAGUGUAGUUCGUCACUUGUGUUUAAUCAGAGCUUACAAAGCUAGCCUACUGACCAGGUCUGGGCAAAAAAUGUGGUUUGACAUCUCUAUGCCAGGAUGUGAUACAGGCACAAUCAUCGAAUCCAUGCCGGCUUUGGAGUAUAAUGUGUUCACAUGUUGGGAGAUGUAAUCCGAAAAGUGUCGUAAAAUUGGUCAUUCUAACCGUGUGUGUUUUGGGUUUUCUUCCACUUGCCCGAGGUCUUUCCAUUCCCGACCUUUAUCCGUUUGGGAGAUCAACCUCGGACAACAGAACACAGGCAACGGACGACGGAGGCUCACAGAAGAUUCGUUUGAAGAAUUCUUUCAAAUUCUUCGGCAAAAACAAAUCUAGUCUAUUUGUCAACAACAAUGGGCUUAUAACAUUCGAUGAGCAGCUGAAUGAGUAUAAACCCCAGUCCUUUCCCCUAAAUCAAAACACACCUCUGAUAGCACCGUUUUGGGCCGAUGUAGACGUUAGCAGAGAUUGGAACAACGGAAUAAUCUGGUACAGACAGGAGUACAACUCGGAUCUUCUUACCAGGGCAUCAGGGGAGAUUCAGAGCUACUUCAUCUCUCAGAGAAACUUCCAGGCCAACUGGCUAUUUAUUGCAACUUGGGACAAAGUUGGUUUCUAUGGUGCAUCAGGACCAGGACAAAGUAAAAGCAACACUUUCCAAGCUGUUCUUGUAAAAAAUGAGAAAAGAUCCUUCGUUAUUUUCAACUAUUUGAGAAUAGAUUGGACUACCGGAAGUAACAGUUUGGGAAAUACUCAUACGGGAUUAGGGGGCAGUCCUGCUCAGGCUGGGUUUAAUGCUGGUGACCGGAAAAAUUAUUAUUCCAUCGAAGGAGCCCAAACAGACGCGGUCAUCAAUUUAACACAGACUAGUAACGUAGGGAUUCCAGGAAAAUGGGUUUUCCAAGUUGACGGAAACAGCAUUUUGGAUAUUAAAUGCAGCCAUGCUGAACAAAUUGAUGUUUUUCCAAAAUCUGGAUCCAUGUUUGGAGGCGAGGAAAUUCGUAUAUCGGGACCCUGUUUUAGUUCGGAUUUCACGAUCCUUGCCCGGAUCAAAGAAACCAAUGACACUUUUCAGUGCACAACUAUCAAUGACGUAUCGGCAGCAUGUAUCAUGCCAAGUGUUUUCAGAACCGGACAGGUGACAUUAGAGGUGAACCCAUAUGGAAUGGGUUGGAAUUACUCCUCUACUUUUCAAAUAGAAAACGUAGUGUCUUUGACACCAAAAAUCAAUCGACACAAUCCCGACUCCUGGAUCAUGAACCACAACGUAACCAUGUCCUGGAAUGCAUCUCUCACUCCGUCCCCUUCUCAAUUCCUGGACAUAAUGGCUUAUCAGAAUGCAAAUGACAGCAAACCUCGUUUUGUUGUUGUCCGCAGUGAACCUCUUGACUUCUCCAUUCCUCACAACACAUCCAACAUUGUAUUCAACACUUUCACAUUAAGCGGGAUUUUAUUGGAGAAUAUGACGUCACUGGUGUUACGUAUUAGGUCUAACAUUACUGCUGGAUUUAGUUCCAUCUGGUCUGAUGUGUUCCCAGUAAGGUGGCUCUCGGCUACAAAUGCAGAAAAUAUGUGCCAAAAUUGGAUGAAGAAGCAGUCUCCGAUAUCGAGUAAUACAGAAUCCACUUGUCCGUGUACAUUAAAGCAGGCGUCACGUGACACAGGACGCUACUUUGUAGAUCCAUUGUGCAGCCUACAUAAUGAAAUGAAAGUGUCAAAUUGUUUGUACAACAAAGGUGCUGCACAGUGCUUCCGAAGAACGCUUCAUAGCUUCUCUGUAAGUGGAGAAACUUGCUGUUACAACUCUGAAGGGGAGCUGCUGGAUGCACGUGAAGCACCUCAUGGCGGAGGGACUCGUUCUCUCUUUCAUAUCAAUGCACAGAGUGGGGAUAUUGUGCCUUUUUUCUCGUAUUUCCAAAAUCAUUUGGUGCCUUUUGUUCAGUGUUGUCACUUUUCUUGUAAUAAUUCCAUGUGCCAACGUUUCUUAGAGCUCCGACCGCCGACAUCGUGCCAAGCGUACACACCUCCAACACCUGCACAAGCGGCUGGUGAUCCUCAUUUGACAACGUUAGAUAGGAAAGAUUACACUUUUAAUGGUAUCGGGGAUUUUGUCUUGCUGCAAGACGUCAAUUCUUCUAUGGUUGUGCAAGUACGUGCCAUUCAGACGAGAGACACAAAUGGAAUUCUACAAAAUGCUAGUGUAUUUUCUGCAGUAGCAAUGAAAACAAAAUCUUCUGACAAAAUUGAAAUCUACAAAACGUCUGAAGGAACGGCAGAUAUUUUAGUAAACAAUGAAACUGUGGACCUUGUAGAAGCUACCUCAAACUUCAAUGAUGUUAAUCUAGAGCGUAGUGAGAGUGACGAUUCAGUACUCAAUGUGCUAGUAGUUUUUGAGAGUGAGGAUUUAUCGGUCUCCCUGGAUGUAUCGAAGGAUUACCUUAAUGUUCUUGUCAUGAUCAGUGGCGAAAGAUAUAAAGGCCAAAUACGUGGUUUGCUUGGUAAUUUUAAUGGUGACGACAACGAUGAUUUCGUAUCACGACAGAACACUGUUCUACCUUCUGAUGCAUCAAUGAAAGACCUACAUUACAAAUUUGGGAUGACUUGGGAGGUGCAGAGUACUGAAUCGCUGUUUACACGUCCGAACACCGGGGUGAAUACAGUAAAUUAUGAACCAGUGUUUCUGGACGAUAUAAGAAAUCCAGAGUUAAACUUGACUUUUGUGGUAGAGUUGUGUGGUGAUAAUAAACAAUGCCAGUAUGACUAUAGUGUGACUGGAAAUGAAAAUAUUGCUAAAGGGACCAUGAAGUUUAUCGAAAAGUUCAAGGAAAUAGAAAUUGACGUGCAAGAAGUCGUGAGGUGCCCAUUUAAGGAGGUACCAACAAAUGGGAACCGAUCAGUUAGCGGUUAUUCCAUAGGGGACAACACCACAUUCUGGUGCUACGAGGGAUUUCAACUCAUUCAGGGUGCGUCCUUUAUGGUGUGCAAUGAAAAUGGAGUAUGGUCAGGGAGUACACCAAUGUGUGUAAGGAAAGUCGUCAAGGACGACCCGGUCAGUGCUUUGGUUAUAUAUAUUGGAUCUGGAGCUGGUGCAUUGAUUGCUUUUGUUGUUAUAGCAAUUGUUAUCUUGGCCUUCGUGAAAUGUAGACGAAAACCUAAACCAGACCCUGACCUUGAAAUAAAUGGGCCUAUUUUUCAAAAUCCGUUUUUUCUAGAAAGUUUAUCCACUUUAGGAAAUGGAGGAGUAUUCAAAAUCCCACGUCCUACCUACGUAGAUCCCAAUCUACUGGAUGACUAUUUUUUCUAGUGGCUUGUGAUGAUUUUAAGACAAUAUUUACUGUGGUGCAUCACUCUAGUCAACAGUUAUCAAAAACCAGUCUUUCAAACAUUGCAAUAUUUUACCGCCUUUCAGUUCUAUAAACAGUCGCUUCAUUGUUAGAUAUAUUUCCUGUUGAUUGUUAUAGAACGUUUAAGAACUAUUUUAACAGACAUGAUUUAGAUUAUGAUGUGUGUUUAUUAUCUUUAGGCUGAUUUAGUGAUUUUUAUCAUUCCAGUCAUCGUCAAUGUCUUUGUCAGUGUUAUCAUCAUUUGUAUAUUUUCAUUUCUUCCUUCAUUUUAUGCAAUGUUAGAAAGAUGAGCGAGAGCAUGAAAGUUGAAAGAGUGCGCGGUGCUAUGAAAGCCUGUGGUGUGAUUUUGAUAAUGAUAAAGAUUGGAAGAUAUUUUGCUGAAUAUAAGUUUGUUAUUAUAACAUUUUGUAUGUAAUGCCAGAGUAAAAUUUUGAAAUGGAUAAAUAAAAACAAAAAUUACGAUAAA